GUUUGAGAAAAAAAAAAUAAACGUGCAAGCACUAAAAAUCCAAAAUUCAAAAAAAAAAAUUGGAAACACCCCAAACCCCAACAGAAUUGAAAUAAAAACUUCCCAAAUUAGUGGUGCAAUGACGCCUAAACUCUCUCCCCCUCUCCAAUUUUAACCCAAAAUUCCCCAUUCAAACCAAACACAACCAUUUUACAUUCAUUUCAAGAAAAUGGGGUUUAAAGCACUAUUCCACCGGAAAAAAUCCAAGAAAUCCGACGAUUCUAACUCCGAUUCACCCACAACGGCGCCGCAGCUCUCCGGAUCAAGAACCCAGUCCCUAAAAAUCAAACCCCAAAUCGACGAACUCGAGCACGUUUUCAAGAAAUUCGACGUUAACGGCGACGGGAAGAUCUCCUCGUCGGAGCUCGGCGCCAUCAUGUCGUCGUUAGGGCACGAGGCAAAAGAAGAAGAGCUAAUAAAAAUGAUUAAAGAAUUCGACGCCGACGGAGAUGGGUUCAUAGAUUUUCAAGAAUUCGUGGAGCUGAAUACGCAGGGAGUCGACACCGACGAGGUGUUGGAGAAUUUGAAGGACGCGUUUGAUGUGUACGAUAUGGACGGAAACGGGUCGAUUUCGGCGGAGGAAUUGCAUAAGGUAAUGGGUAGUAUUGGGGAGAGUUGUUCGAUCGCUGAGUGUCGGAAAAUGAUUAGUGGGGUUGAUAGUGACGGUGAUGGUAUGAUUGAUUUUGAAGAGUUUAAGGUUAUGAUGUCGAUGGGUGCGCGGUGGGACUCGACAAAUUGUUAGAAUGACACGGCGGCGAUGCGGUGGUUGUGGGUGGGUUGGGUUGUUUGGUUGUUGAUCUUAAGAUCUGUAACGUUAGGUUCUGUUACUUUUCGUUUCUUUUUGUUUUUUUGUUUUUCUUAAAUUGAAAUUUAAUUCGGAAUUAUGUUGCAAUUUUGUGAAUAUUAAUUUUUUAUACACAAAAUACAAUUGUUUUGCUGUUUUA